AUGAAACCGCUCCUAUCCUCACUUAUACUCUCGAUUUUUAUAAUCUAUAACAAUGUCAUCGACGCGUGUCUUAGAAUUCAAUCGGAGUUUGGUCAGUUUCUCCUACUUCCCAAAAAGUAUUUUGUUUUUUCAUUAUUUGCAGAAGUGCCGGACGGCUGUAAUUGUUCAAUGCCACAAGCGAUCGACGCGUCCGGAAUCGGCGAAAUGAGCGAUUCGAGUCAAUAUCUGGCGAGCCGCAUCACUGUCAAACCCAACUUUUAUGUGGCGAAGACGUCGAGCGGAUGCCGCGUUUUCGCGAGCGCCAAGAAUAUGCCGGCCGAGUACAACACGUUUUACUUUAUGAUUUUCACGAAAAACUCGCCGCCUUUGAUUGUAAGUACACCGAGCUAUGUGUGGAAACGCGCCACGACGCGGCUUUCGCAACAUACGCAGCCAAAUUAUAUGCAUUUUUGCGCGUCGGGCAUUUUAUGUUACGCGCAAAGUUCAUUUUUUUUAGUUGUUCAUGAAUUUUCUCCAAAUAUUCAUCUCUUUAAAGCGUUUUUCUCCACUUUUUACCUCAAUUAGACCUUUUUACAGAUUCCAGAUAAAGUAAUACGCGAAGAGAAGUCGAUGCGAUGAAAUGAAACGCGUAAGUAAAUGAAAGCAAUGUUUUAUUCAGAAAAUAUACGAUUUCUCGAAAAACGUCUCUAGAUUUACUAAUCUUUUGAUUUAAAAAAUUCACUAACAUGACUGUGAAUGUUUUCGAAUAAAAAAAAGUAGAGUGACAGCUCGCAGAAGCAGAAAAAUUGGUUUUUUGCCGGAAAACAGUGACAUUUCGUUGAAAAAAAAAAGAUUUCUCAAAAACCGUCUCUAGAUUUUCCAAUUUUUUUGUUUAAAUUGUUCACUUACAUGAUUGUAAACGUUUUCGAAUAAAAAAAGUCGAGUGACAGUUCGUAGAAGCAAAAAAAAAUUUUUUCAACGAAAUUUUACCGUCUUCCGGCAAACGAUCGGUUUUUCCGCGAAAUCGAGCUGUCACUCUACUUCUUUUUGGUUCGAAAACAUUCUCAGAAAUGUAAGUAAAGUUUUUUAACCAAGAGAUUAGAAAAUCUUCGAGAAAUCGUGCAUUUUCUGAAUAAAACCUUACUUUCACUUACUUACGCGUUUCUUUUCAUCGCAUCGACUUCUCUUCGUGUAUUACUUCAUCUGGAAUCUGUAAAAAGGGCUAAUCGAGGUAGAAAGUGGAGAAAAACGCUUAAAAGAGAUGAAUAUUUGGAGAAAAUUCAUUAAAAACUUUAAAAAAAAAGAACUUUGCGCGUAACAUAAAAAGCACUGUACGCAGAGCAACACCGGCGUGCAAAAAUGCAGACUGAGGAUGAAACGUUUGGUGAACGUCGCAAAAGCCGCGCCGUGAUAAACGCGUGUCGUUUUUCAGCAGCGCAAAUUCUCGCCGCUCGCCACAAACGACCGCAACGCCGAGUUCGUGCUCAACGGACUGCACUGCAACACCAACUUCGGACAAUGGGAGUACUACGGUGUGGGCCGUGCCGUCGAGCAGGCGUACUUGCAACGAGCGAUGGACGGCCUCUCGUUCGCGUUGCAAGCCGAGCGCUCCGAGGCGGACUACUGUCGGUGCACGCCGCCGAGCGUCUCGGACAAGUACGGAACUCUGCCGACGCUCACCUUCAUGCCCGGAUCGUGCGACGCGUUCACCAUCGAUUGCGGUCACAAUUCGUCGGGCGUCUAUCUGACGAGCACCACCGCGAACGACGUGAUUCUCGAUUACGGCGCGAGCAUGGUCGGAGAGUUGAUGUGCGUCAGCGACGGUUCGGCGCGCUCGUCAUGGUGGCACAACAAUAUCCGAAUGGACAAUCUGGAAGUCGCGUGUCGUCCUGGAGCUGUACAAGGUCAGCUCGAACUUUGCACCAGAGAUGUUGGAAAUUCCGUGUUCCGUGUUCCGUGUUCCGUGUUCCGCGUUUUUUUGCAAUAUUUUUUCCGUGUUCCGUGUUCCGUAAAAAAAAAAAUUUCCGUGUUCCGUGUUCCGUGUUCCGUAGAAAUAAGUUUUUUCCGUUUUCCGUGUUCCGUGUUCCGUAUAAACUAUGUUUUCCGCGGAAAAAUUCGAUCACAAAUUUUAUUUUUUUCAUUAUUAUUUUGAUUAGGACAGUUGACGUUUUGUGGUCAAAAUUUGAAAAUUUUCGGAUUCGGACCAUAUUCGUGAAAAGUGGAUUCCAUUUUCAGUCGUUUUUUACUGUAGUUGUUUACUGUUGUGUUGUUGGUUUUUUUAUUUUUAUGAAAUUUUCAGUAAAACUUUCACAUGAGUCAAACAGCUGCAUUGUCAGUCAGAUAAUCGAAUUAAACAAAACAUUAUUUUUUUAAAAAAAUCACUGGAAUUCUCUUGAAAACGCUUUUUUUCCGUGUUCCGUAUUCCGUGUUCCGUGCUCCGUGUUCCGUAGAAAUAAGUUUUUUCCGUUUUCCGUGUUCCGUGUUCCGUAAAAAAAAAAAUUUUCCGUUUUCCGUGUUCCGUGUUCCGUAGAGUAAAAUUUUUAUUCUCAACAUCUCUGCUUUGCACGUUCGUCACAAGUCUACCCGUUUCUUUUUUUUCUCAGCCUCAUGGUCGUAUACGCCAAACUGUGGCACGUGUGUUCGUGUCGAAUUCCAACGGCUCUACGAGAACUUCAAGCAGUACGAUCCGAGCGGCAGAUACGCGUUCUACGAUUGGGCCGCCGGCAGUGUCGAUCGACUCGUCUCGCCGGACCCGAACGUUUGUGUGGACGCGAACGGAUGCGCCGGAACGCUGUUCGUGACGCUCACGAACAACACGAUUGUCGAGCGGCGAAUUCCGGUCGGCCACGCCGCGUUCAUCGAUGUGUCGUGCGCGCCGAACCCGAACUCGGACGGAUUCGGCGCCGCCGCCGCCACCUACGCCACCUACAUCGAUAAUAGUCUGGUGAACGGCGCGCUGACCGCUUGUGUGAACACGACGAAGCAAAGACCGGCGGCGUUGGCGCUUCCUGACGGAUUCGAGUGCCCCGUACCUGGGAUCAUAACCGACGAGGCCGAGAUUGCGGCCCUCCCAAACAGUGCGUACCUUUCGAAACGUUUCUCAGUGGCGCCGCUCCUCAAAUUCUCGAAACGCGCCAACGAAACGGGUGAGUGUCAGGUGGAGGCGACGUGCAUCAACAUGCCCGCCGAACACACCCACUUCUACAUGAUGAUCUUUCGCUCGAACGGAGCGCCCAUCUUCGCGCGUCGCUUCUUCCCCGGCGGAAACGAUCGCAACGAUCCGUUCGCAAUCUACGGACUGUUUUGUCGCGAAGACAGCGAAACGCGCCGAUGGCAAUACUUUGGAGCCGACGUCGACGAGCCAAAGUUCGCGUGUCAGGCCGAGGAGGCAGUGUGCAAGUGCGCCGAGUUCGAGUACUCGGACAAGUACGGAUUGAGGCCCGACGUGGUGCCGUUUGGCGAUUUGUGCGAUACGAUUAGUGUCAGUUGCGGACAAGACUCGGGCCUCUUCAUUUUGAGCUCGAAUCGAUUGCCGAUCAGGGUGAGUGUCUCAGCCGUGGAAAGAGAUAUCAAAAAGUUGUCAACUGAUAAAAUGUGCAUCUUGUCUUUGUCAACAUUUUAUCAGUUGACAACUUUUUGAUAUCUUUACAGACAAUCGAGAUACAUAAAUUUGAAUGGACGCUUUUCGUGUCAAAAGUCUCUUCUCUUUUGAGGCGCAUAUCUCGAGAACAAACAAGUGUUUCAAAAAGUGGUGAACAGAAAAGUUGUUGAAAAUUUUGUGCUGAACAACAAUGUAAUUGAUACAUUUGCUGCAAAACGGCCAAUUCUCAAGUUAUACGCUUUUUUCUAAACAGUCCCUGGAUUUGGGCCAAACUCGUCUAUUUGAAGGGAUGUAUCUGACCUGUCUGUAGAGAUAUCGAAAAGUUGUCAACUAAUAAAAUGUACAUGCAAUCUCAACAAACAAUUUAUCAGUUGACAACUUUUCGAUAAUUGCACUCGCAAUUGAGAUAUAUCGUCUUGAAUAGUGCGAAAAAUUCAAUUCAGACUAUUCGAAGUUUUACAGAUGGAGUCCAACAAUAUAACAAUCCGCGAGUUUACGUGCGUCUCCGAAGGCGCCUCGUUCGUCUGGUACCACAACAAUUUGCGGCUGGAGAGUGUGGAACUGACGUGCCGUCCGAACAGUCCAUCGAUCGGCACCGCCGAGUGUCGUUCGAUUCAGUACCUCGACGCGGAGGACGUGGCCGAGUACGACGUGACCGGAUUCUUCGAACAACACCAACGAGAGGACGGCUUCUAUUCGGGCACCGACGGUCUCCUCGAACGCUAUCCGCUGUUGUUCCAAAGCGAGUUUUUGUGCUCGUCGCGCGAGUUGGUCCUCUUCCGACCCAACUACGAACCGUUGACUAUCAACCAGACGGCCGACGGUCUUUUGUACACGAGGUGUGGCCAGAUUCCGCUGUCCGACGGGUUCGGCGCACGCCCGGGCCGCGGAACGUUCGUCCGCGGCGAGCUGUCGUUCGACGCACGCUUCGCUUGCUUCAACUCGUCGAAGGAAGUGGUGCCGAGCAUGCCGGCCGCGUGCAAAUGCCCAAUUCCCGGCAACUACAAGUCGAGCGAUGCCAAUUUCUUUGCUCAAUUCGCGAAUAGCGAUUACGUGUCCGCACGGCUCACCGUCGCCGCUUCGCUUCGCAUCGUCGCCGAAGCGUCGUCCGACGGUUGUGUCGUCAACGCGGCGUGCCGCAACAUGGAAUCCACGCACGCCUACCUCUAUCUGAUGAUUUUCCGAGCCGACGGACCGCCAAUUUUCGAGCGACGCUUCACGCCCUACGACAAUACGGACAGGAACGAGUACAAACCGGUCCAGGGACUCGCGUGCUCGACAUCCGCAUCCGCGUGGACGUACUACGGCUCGCCGAUCGAUAGCCCGACGUUUGCGUGCCAAGCGGACACCGACAGUAUUUGCAAAUGUGCGGCGCCGAAGGAAACGACGAGAUUCGGAAGCGCGCCGACGCUCGCCUUCUACAAAGACUAUUGCGACACGUUCACCGUCGAUUGUGGAGACGACAAUGUGAUAUUGUACAGCUCUUCGGCCGAGCCCAUCAAGGCACGUCGGGUUUCGACCAUUUUAUGCUAAAAACUGACCGUUUUUCAGCUCGACAUCUCGACGGCAAUGGUUCGCGAGUUGACGUGUGUCGAUUCGAACGGCCAAUUCGUCUGGUUUCACAAUAACGUGCAAAUGAGCGAUUUGGAGAUCAGCUGCCAGCCGAGACAGCAGCAAGGUACACUUUUGAUUGUUCUCAAGAACGAAUCAUUUUCUCAAAAAGUGUCCAACUAGAAAGUUCUAGCAAAUUUUUGGGCUGAACACGGUCUCCUCAAAGCUGAAAAGGCGAUACAUUGGCGCGAAAUUCAAAUUUUAACAGCAAAAUUUGUGUUUUUUGCCAGAUUAGCCACGAAAAAUCGAUAAUUUCUCAUUUGUCUCUCGAAAGACCGAUUGUAUAGGCUAUUACGAAUUUUUUAAGCGCAAGAGCGUUAAAUUUGGUCAAGUCGCAAAUCAAAUUUAUCCGUUUGAAGGUUUUUGGCUAAAACUGCGUGAAUUUCAGUUGCUUUUCGGUAAUUUUCGCGGUUCGAGCGCUCAAAAUGCUUGUAUUUACGUGAUUUAUCAUUCACAAAACCAAUUCUGUCGGAAAACGGUCAAGAAAACGGUGCACGUCUAAAAAAGGAGUUUUCUUUCUUUUUGACUUGAAAAACGUCUAGAAAACAAUAUUUUACUGUGCGGAAACCGUUCUUUACAGAAUUUAGAGUUUUUCAUGUUUUUAGCGUCUUUUUCGAAUUUCGUCAAAACUUCAAACCUUUAUAUUUCAGCUCAUUUUUCAUUUCAUGAGUUCAGCGAACGAUAAAAAUGUUCGCUGAAUUUUUCUUCACAAAAUUCAGGUUCCGGCGGUUAGUCUUCUUGAGCAGUUUUCGAAAAUUAUUCGAAAAACAUCAAAAUCCAGGCCAAAAGCUUCAAAUCGAAAUAACUCGGCAAAUUCUCAACGAUAUGUGAGAUUUCUGUUACCAAAACGUAGCUAGUGCUCUAAUUAUUCGAAUCCAGGUUCCAGGCGUACAAAAAUAGGUGUAUUGUAGAUAAAACAUGGAAAGAACGCGAACUCCAGUUGAAAAUUAAUUAAUCGGCCGCCGCGUAAAUCGACACAGCCCGCCUGUUGCAAGUGCGCCCCAUUGAAAUCAUUCGCGCCGUGGGAGACCGUGCAGUUGACAAUUUUCGCCGAAAACGCCGCCAUUUCUCCAGGUUUCAUCUCGUACUGCGGCUGUCGUCAAGCUCCGUUCCUGACCGCCGACACGAUUUCCGCCUACGAUGUGGACGACACGUACACGAGCUCGUUCAAACCGGCGCCCUACACGUCGUCGGUCUCCGGCGCCGACUUUUGCGGCUACGAGGUGAACUGCGAGGGCACUCUCGUCGUGUUCACGCCCAACUGGCCGACGCUCCUCUUCAAUUCGACGUAUUCGAUGCGUUGCGAGGCGACGCCCCUUUCCGCAUCCACCUCCUCGUCGGCCGCUCCGAACUAUUUGUGGUACGUGCGCGGUCAGAUGCGCUCGGAUCUGGCGUACGCAUGUCUCGAACCGCAGCCGUCGGACGUGGUGCCGAUGGGAGCGUGCGCGUGUCCGCCGAUUCGCUACAUUGAUCAGGAGACGGUGAAGCGCGCGGAGAACUCAAAGUAUCUGGGCGAACGGGAGACGAUUCGGCCGACGGUGCGGAUCGGCGACGAGUGCCAGAUCGCCGUCAGCUGUGAGACGGCUCAAUUCGACGACUUUUACUUUAUGAUCUUCAGAGACAACGAUCCGCCCAUCUUUGUGAGUUUUGCACAGAGUCCGUGUCAUUUUCUUAAGCUUUCUAGUACCUUGGACAGUGAUUUUAUGUAAAUCAUGCUAUCAACUUUAAUUUUACAGUUGACCACUUUUUUGUACGACUACUCCUAAACAUACUGUAGCUCGCUUAGAAGUUGGCGCUAAAAAGCGAAAAACGCAUGCGGCAAGCGCGUCCAAAAGUCGCCUUAGGAGUGUGUGUAGAAAAAAGUGUCCAACAGCAAAAAUAUAGUUCCAGACCAGAGAUGUUGGGAAUUCCGUGUUCCGUGUUCCGUGUUCCGCGUUUUUUUCAAUCUUUUUUCCGUGUUCCGUGUUCCGGAAAAAAAAAAAUUUCCGUGUUCCGUGUUCCGUGUUCCGUAGAAAUAAGUUUUUUUCCGUUUUCCGUGUUCCGUGUUCCGUAUAAACUAUAUUUUCCGCGGAAAAAUUCGAUCACAAAUUUUAUUUUUUUCAUUAUUAUUUUGAUUAGGACAAUUGACGUUUUGUGGUCAAAAUUUGAAAAUUUUCGGAUUCGGACCAUAUUCGUGAAAAGUGGAUUCCAUUUUCAGUCGUUUUUUACUGUAGUUGUUUACUGUUGUGUUGUUGGUUUCUUUAUUUUUAUGAAAUUUUCAGUAAAACUUUCACAUGAGUCAAACAGCUGCCUUGUCAGUCAGAUAAUCGAAUUAAACAAAACAUUAUUUAAAAAAAAUCACUGGAAUUCUCUUGAAAACGCUUUUUUCCGUGUUCCGUUAAAAAAAAAAUUUUCGUGUUCCGUGUUCCGUAAAAAAAAAUUUUCCGUGUUCCGUGUUCCGUGUUCCGUGUUCCGUAGAAAUAAGUUUUUUCCGUUUUCCGUGUUCCGUGUUCCGUAGAGUAAAAUUUUUAUUCCCAACAUCUCUGUUCCAGACAUCAGCUUUCUUUUCCAAGUUGACCACUUUUAUGUACAACCACUCCGCACAGUACUUUUACGCACUUAAAGUUGAUCAUUUUGAAACUUGACGAGAAUUCCUUCCAGAACCGUCGUUUCGUUCCCGGAUCCGACAAGACGACGGCGUUUGUGCCGACCGGAUUGCAGUGUGUUCAGACGGCGGAAAACGAGAUGGAGUGGCAGUAUUUCGGCGGAAAACUCACCAAUAUCUCGUUUGCGCUCCAAUCGAACACUGAAAAGUGUGAGUGCACCGAGUGGGCGAACGAAAAUGCGGAAGUUUCGAAAAAGGACGGUAUUUGUGACAUGAUGGAGGUCAAAUGCACUUUGUUCACCAACUUGGCCUACCUUUUCGGCUCCCAUCUCGCCAAUAUUAUCGCUGUAAACUCUAGACACAUUAUCGAGCUCAUCUCAAUCGAUUCUUGACGAUUUUCAGCUGCCAAAACGUCAAAAUAACCUGGUCGAAGAGCUGACGUGCGUCAACGACGGAGCAUCGUACAGUUGGUAUUAUGCCGGUAUCAAAACGACGAGCAUUCGGGUGUGGUGUUCAGUUCCGAUGCUCGCCGGGCAGCCGAUCAACGGUGAGCUAUAGUCGGCUUAGAAGCGAGUGUACGCGAAAGUUGUCAACAGCAAAAAUAAAGUUCAGAUUGGGUAGAUCAUUUUUGUAGUUGACAACUUUUUGAUACAAUCACUCUCAAAAGAGUUAUGGUUUUGAAUAGCGCGCACUUUUUGCUUUUUUCAACACAAGAGACGAUUGUAGCGUCGUGGCACUGUGGUUGUCCGGAUUUUGUGUCGGUGAAAGAGUCGAACGCUUAUCUGGAGGCCUACAAUCAAGACGGACUAUUGUCCAACUACAAAAUCAGCGAGGGACACGUGGAUUACGGUCUCGCGGCGAACUGCGCGCCCACUUUCACUUGCGACGAAGCCACGACGCUGGCCGUUUUGAGCACCAACCGACCGCCCAUGAUGGUACAGUAGUAAUCCGCGCACCUACAGUAGCCUACAGUAAUCCCUACAGUACGAAGUAUCGUCGCCGCCGUACGUCACUUGUGAAAUGAGCCCGUUGGCCAGCGAUUCGGCGCUCUCCUCGAGUUUUUGGUACGUCGAUGGAGUGAUGAUUACGGAACCGGGCUACGCGUGUCUCACCAGUGAAGACUACUAA